CGCGGCGCGACCAACGUCCCGAAUUCGUGACACUCUAUGCGCGUCAAUUGCUGCUGCUCAUUGUGCAGAACAGAUUCGACCCUUCUGCGACAUACCUCCUCUGCUGUCCAAUUACGCGGCGAACCACCGCGCAAAGCGUCAUUGAUCCUCUUUGCCUGUACCUGCAUCGACUUCAGUGCGUGAACACCGAACAAACCCACUCGGCCCACGAUCUACAAUACACGACAGGCAAAGCCUACCAUACAAUUUCUCACACAUCACCGCCGAAUACGAGCUGCGAGCACUUGACGCGCUGGGUUGUGACUCACAGCGGUACCGUCCACUUUCGAUCUUAAUCACGCAUUUGCCCCCGCUUCCAGGACGCGCACACACACAGACACACAACGCGAAAAUUCAUCAAUACAGGGAGUGCAAGAGGCAACAUUCAUCGCAAGGUUCUUCUUGACCUUCGCGAACUUUUUUCCCUUCUAUAUUCUCCAACGUUGGAGUCGUUUCCAGCUUCGGCACAAGGACACCUUUAAACAGGCUUUGAUCCCACGUACGGAGGUCAUAGCGAGGUGUUGGACUGCCUAGAAGCAAGCGAGAGACUCCUCACCUAAUUCUUAUGAGCGGCUAUCUCUGGAAGUUCUACCUUGAAGAUGACGUCGAGAACUUUCGGCGUGUCCUGCUGGAAUCUGGGUAUACCACCCGUUCCGGUGGCGCAACACUCAAGGGUCAUACCGGCGCGAAGGACACCAUAGGCCUGGGUAUAGGGAGCCCCGGAAGCUUCGGGACAAGUCCUUCGUUGGUCGUAAAGGGCAAGAAGGAUGUUGACCCGGCGCUAGGACACGGCAGCUUGACGCUGACAAGGGCGGAUGUCAACUAUCGCGACCCUAUGGGUCGGACACUUUUGCAUCUUGCAGCGUCGUCGAAAUCGCAAAAUGCGUAUGAAUUCGCAUCUGCACUCCUCGGACAUCCCUUGACCGAUAUAUAUGUGCAAGACGCUGAAAAUGCGUGGACGGCCUUGCACCGCGCCUUCUACGCCGGAAACCUGGCUAUCGCACAUAACAUAAUACUGCGCGAUCGCCAGGAUGCGCUUGGCCACGGCUCUGGGCAGAUCCAUCAGCUUGCGGGAGGCCUAAUCAAGAUCAAAGAUAUGGAAGGGAAUGGUCCGUUCGAUCUUUUCGAGAUGACCCUGCAAGGCAAGAUGACCAACACGAUUCACCUGCGGCAUCACCCAAGCGCAAACGAUGACAGCGACGAUGAAUCGAUGCCGGGGAUGAUCGCUGAGGACAAAGCCCGGGGUAGCCUCAUCUCGUAUACGAAUCUGCAAGGCGAUGAAAUGUUCACCUUCGGCAGCAACCAGAAUAUCACUCUUGGUUUUGGUGACGAAGAUGAUCGUCACAAUCCUGAGCGCAUCAGCCUUCGACGUCCUGACCAUCUAUAUUUUGAGGCAUAUCAAGAAUACGUCAAGUCACUAAGCUCACACUGGGCAGGUGGCGACCUGUCGAAAUCGAGUAUCAUACAGCCUGUCUUUGUCACUGAUUUGCCUUCGGUAAUCAGAAACAAACCCAUUCGUAUUCAAAAUGUGCACAUGUCGAAAUUGCACUCGGCGGUCUUGACCGACGAUCCAAAGUCAAAUCUACAUGUUUGCGGUCAUGGCCAAGGUGGUCGUCUUGGAUUGGGCGACGAACGAACUCGAUUUCAAUUUGUCUGUGUCGAUGGCGGCGCAAUCGCGAACAAGAAGAUUGCAGCCGUUGCACUGGGACAAAAUCAUACUGUUGCUCUUUCCGACCAGGGAGAAGUCUUUACGUGGGGUAGCAAUGACUGUGGGCAGCUGGGCUAUGACCUACCAAAAUCCCCUGGACGCGAUGAAGAAGCUAUUCAAACGUCGCCGAGACGUAUAUUUGGCCCUUUGAAGAAAGAGACAGUUAUUGGGAUUGCAGCAUCUCGGAUUCAUUCUGUGGCCUACACGGAGACCGCUUUGUACACGUGGGGUAAAAAUGAAGGCCAGCUAGGAAUAGUGCAUUCGGAAUCUCGAUCGACGAAGAUACAGGCCGUACCGCGUGACGUUGCGGCAUCUCGUUUCUCAUCACCAAUCGCAUCUGUGUCUGCCAUCGACCGUGCCACGACGGUACUUCUCGAGAGCCGAGAAGUGAUCGUGUUCGCCCACUACAUUUAUAUCAAGGUUGACUUUCAUCUUUACGGCUUCGACAAUUAUUUCUUGAAGUCCAGCUUCAUGACUACAAAGUAUGACGCUACACCAAACCGCAUUUGCAAGAUCGUUUCCGCUGGUGACACGAUAUGUGCGCUUUCAACGUCUGGCCAGGUUUACACUGUGACGGUCAGCGAGCCACCAGGAUUACAGAAUAAUGAAGCCUCGACUACCAAUCCAAAACUUGGAUCUAAGAAUGCGCUCUCGACCCCAGUUCGUGUCUGGUCAAACAAGAAGGCCCAUUUGUCAGCUCGAGAUGUUGACAUUGAUCAGAGCGGCUCCAUCAUCAUUGUAACCCAAGCUGGCAGUGUUUGGAGGCGGGUGAAGCGGGCAAAAAUCAAGGACGCAACGGCCGUAGGAUCUGGCGAAAAUAAGCCCAAGGACUUCAAGUUCUCUCGCAUACCUGGCCUCACACGUGUCACUGCUGUCAGAGCCUCUGGAUUUGGCGCAUAUGCCGCAAUUCGGGAAGAUUGCCAACAAAUGCGUAACGAGAUUAAGAUAUCGCCAUCCACGCUGCUAAAUGAUUUGUGGCCGCUUGUACCAUUCAAACCAUUUCGUACAGCUUACGAAUCCUCUCCUAGCCUCCAGAAAAGGGAUCUCAUCGAUUUAGUGCUCAUAUCCAAAGAUCCAGAUGCAGAUAUUCAAUCAAUACUUCAUCCGCGCGACGCCCCAAUCUUACCUUACGACUUGCUUCUGUGCUCGACGACAUCUGAAAUUGAGAUUCCAAUACAUCAAUUUAUCAUAACAGCAAGAAGUAAGAUUAUUCGAACAGCGCUAGAGGAGCUUAAUCUCUUCGAACAAUUCACCAUUCCAGAUGUCCUCGUCGUCAAGCGAGGCGAAGAUGGGCUCACGCGGGUUAUCUUUCAAGGGGCAGAUGUCGUUACUUUGUUCAAUCUUGCGCUAUAUUUCUACAGUGAUUCGCUUGCUCCUGUUUGGACUCGUCCACCUCAACAGCAGAUGGCUUUCCGUUACCGCCAGGUUCGCGCAGAGCUUCAAAGGAUCGCAAACAAGCUUGAGAUGAAUUAUCUCGAAUCAGCUCUAAAGCGACUUAUAUUACCGGCAUCGACACUUCACCGUGAUAUGGAGCUUGCUUUCGCCGAUGCUUCGUUUUUCGAGAAUGCAGACAUUGUCGUAGACUUGGCAAACGGCGAGGAGGCAUGGGUGCACGGUGCAUUAAUCUGUCAGAGAUGUCCAUUUUUCGAAGGUCUCUUUAGAGGGCGUACCGGCGGACAGUGGCUUUCCGAACGACGCGGAAAGCUACAAAAACCUGAGGAUGCCAUUCGCGUUGAUCUUCGUAAUAUCUCGCAAGAUGUGUUCCAAAAAGUGCUCCGUCAUAUUUAUGCCGGUACAGGGGCAGAGCUCUUCGACGACGUUGUUGAGGAUGGCCUGGAUGAAUUUCUUGAUUCAGUACUGGAUGUCAUGUCGGCUGCAAAUGAGCUUAUGCUUGAUCGACUUUCGGAGGUCUGUCAACAGGUCAUCGGUCGCUAUGUUACCACACGUAAUGUCUGUCAGCUGCUCAACGCUAUUGCGCCUUGCUCUGUAACAUCGUUCAAGGAUAAGGCGUUGGAGUACAUCUGCUACAACCUCGAAGCCGUUUUGCAGCAUGGUCAUCUUGAAGAACUUGACGAGGACUUAUUCUACGACUUGGACGAGACGGCUACUCGUUUGCAAGUUGAUUGUUCAAUUAUGUCCCGAACUGGGCAGCAAGAGGAGCAUAUUCGGCGGAAAUAUCCUGACCUGGAGAAGCGCAUUGAACAAGAACGACGGGCGAAAAUUGAUACAAUAGUGCUGUUCAACAAAUAUGGCGAAGUCGACCCUCGAGCACCGGCCUCGUUCAAAGCAGGAAGCUUCCAUCGCGCAGAUGAGAUGCCAAAGUCUACUCCAUCGCGAAGGAGAUCUUCGAGCCACAUGCCACAAUCGCCAAGUCCCGGUGCGACUCCGGAAUUAAAAGGCAAAUCUUCGGUUAACGAUUUGAUGUUUGCUAUGGAUGAUGACGACGAAGACCAUAAAAUGUCGUCUGGCUCAUUCAAGGAUAAGAUAACUGCUGUGCUGCCACAUCAACCCCUCGCAACAUCAGCAUCGAGUCCAUGGGGCGAGACUUCAAAAAAACCUGUGCCGUUUAGUUUUUCACCCGAUGCUGGUAUGUCGACCUCGUCACGAGAACCUGGGAAGCCGUGGGGUGCAGCACCUCUGCCAUCAGCGAGGCUUGACUUGAAGGAGAUCAUGCAGCAGGCUGCGAGCAGCCGAACAUCAAACUUGUCGGCAGGUCUUGCUGCCGCAAAAUCCAAUGCUCCUCCCGCCCUUCCAUCAUGCUCAUUUACCAAUAAAAUAUCACAAAAGGAGCGUAAAAGGCAACAACAACAGCUUCAGCAACUUUCCAAGAGCGACUCGUUGAAUGUUCAAAGCACUGGAAAGUCUACAGGAACUACGAGCUCUCCUUGGCAGACAGUGAACCAACGAACCAAGGCAGCAUCGCGAACAUCUUCGGGAAGUGCGAUUACAGCUCAACCUAUUCUCUCUGGUCCCAAAGCGCCUCAAAUGACGAUGCGUCAGACCAUUGCGAAUCCUAGCACUCCUGUAAAAGACAAGAAUGUUUGGACCGGACAGUCAAUCGCUUCACCUUCGAACAUGCAAACGCCGUCUUCAACGCAGAAUCCCCCCUCUUCACGCAUAACGUCGACUCCAAAGAGACCAUCAAACACUCCAUCGGCAGACAGUCCUGGCUUUGCCAUCUCAGACAGACCUGUCACUGUUCAGUCGGUACGCCAUGUACCAAAACCUGAACGAACCGUAAGCUCUGAACAACGCAGCUUAGUCGACAUAUUGUCCGAGCAAGAGAUACAAAAACAAGAGAUUCGCGACUUUGGUUCGAAACGCAGCUUAACGGAGAUCCAACAAGAACAGGAGUUCCAGGAGUGGUGGGACAAAGAAAGUGCCAGAGUGAUGGAGCAGGAGGCGGCGGCGGCGGCAAACGCCGCAAAGGCCAAAAGCAAAGGCAGUAGUCGGGGUGGCCGAAGACGUGGUAGAGGCGGAGGUGCAGUUGGAGCUGGUGACGUAGCUGCAGGUGAGCGAAAAAAGAUCGGCAACAGAGGUAGGGGAAGAGGCAAGGAGGGCGCAGGUGGUACAGAAUCAGCGACGGACGCGACUCACUCCGCUAAUCCAGCAAGACGGCCAUAAUAUACGAUGUAGACGCCACUUUUUAUGAUGAGCGUUAUGCCAUGGGAGACGACAUGAGAUAGUAAUUACACUUUGCAUUUGUACUGUAGAACUUGUACAUAUUUGGUCAGAGCAAUCGACCUUGAAAAACUUAGACCCAGCGCUGCUGCUUGUAAUUCGCAACCGAGAGGAAGGAAUUGG